GGAUACAGCAGCCUAUGUAAGCGGGUGCCUGUAGCCAUCUGCUGCAGAGUGAAGGAGACAGAGGCGUCUGCAUCUACAGCUCAGGAGAUCAGAAUCCAGUCCUGAAGGAAGUCCCAGCACUCUGCUCAGCAUGACCUGCAACAACAACACCCAAGGUGGCAGAGCCUUUGGCCUCCUGAAGGCGCAGCAAGAGAAGAGGUUGGAUGAGGUGAACCAGGAAUUCCUUACAGAUGAAAAGUACAUGGAUAUGGAGGACAUAGAGGAAAAGCUGACAUCCGCUAAGAAAAAAUUCAUGGAAUUUGACUUAAACGAUCAAGGAGAAAUCGACAUGAUGGGACUGAAGAUGAUGAUGGAGAAGCUUGGGGUCCCCAAAACCCAUCUAGAAAUGAAGAAGAUGAUCUCCGAAGUGACCGGAGGCGCCAGCGACACCAUCAGCUACAGAGACUUCAUCAAGAUGGUGGUGGGAAAGAGGUCCUCCAUCCUAAAAAUCAUCAUGAUGUUUGAAGGAAAAGCCUAUGAAGCCCCCCCAAAACCCGUGGGCCCCCCACCCAGAAGAGACAUCAGCAGCCUGCCAUAAACCAGCGACCUCAAAGCCAAGUCUGCGACCAAGAACUGUGACCAGCCAAGUGCCUUCUGAGCGACCUCCGGGCGUCGCCCCCUAGAGGAUCCAUUAUUUAUUACAGGGACUGCUGGUCCUCGCGCUGUAAGAUAACAUUACAGUCUUCCCCACAGCUGUGCGAGCCAUUAGAGUGCCAGCUCUUGGGGCGUGGACCAGUGUAGAACGAAAUUGUGUUUCUUUCCGUUUUCUUCAUAAUAUUGUAUAUUUUGUAAAGAGCCGUCUAUACUA